AUGAGGAACAGAGCCAAUCUCGGACCAAAUUCGAGGCCAGCGCUCAAAUUGCUAUGGAUGAUCAGAAAACGCAAACAACCCUCCCUCUCUUUCCUCUGUUCCACAAUCCCGGACGGCUGUGCCGCGGUUCUCACCGGCCACGAAGACGUCGUCGUCGAAAUCCUCGCAAGACUGCCGGUCAAAACCCUAAUGCGAUUCCGGUGUGUCUGCACGACAUGGCGUUCGCUUAUCGGCUACACCCAUUUCGUCAAGAAGCACAUGAAAUACGACGCCGAGAGAGGCGUAAACGACGCCGAUAUGCGGCUGCUGUUCUCCAUGAAGCCGCCCAGCACCAUGGGCUUGGUGGAUUUGAAGGACGCUGAGCUGGAUUCGAAGACAUUCAGAGAUGACGGCCGUGUUCCGGUCAGAGAGCUUGAGUUUCCGGUAUGUCUUGAUUUCGUUUCGGAUAUAGUGAAUGUUGGUAGUUGCAAUGGGAUUAUUUGUGUUCAUUUUGACAAGGAUUAUGUGUUGUGGAACCCUUGUACUGGAGAGCACAACGUGUUGCCGAAACCGAGUGGUCUUUCUUGCUAUCCAAAGUAUUAUGGAUUCGGUUAUGAUGAAAUUAAUGAUGAUUACAAGGUAGUUUUGGGGUCACAUAGUGAAUAUGAUGUGUAUGGUCCGAUGGAACCAAUGAUUCAGGUGUUUUCGUUGAGGAGAGGUACAUGGAACACUUAUCCCGGCCCGAGGAACAGUAACAGGAGAUGGACUUGCAUGAGAGGGCAGGGGGGUUUUCUGAAUGGAGUGCUGCAUUGGUUGUGGCUUGAGGAGUCGUCCUGGGAUACACCAAGCACGGAGAUUAUGCCUUUUAGUUUAGCUGAGGAGAAAUUUCUGGAGGUGAUGCCGAUUCCCUGGGAUGAAUAG